AUAUAAAAAAUUAAAUUUAGAUUGAGCUAAGUGCAAAGUUUAACAUAUACUCCAAUGGCCACCAGCAAACCCGUCACCGUUCUGGAGCAUAUUCCGGUGGCACCACCGCCGGAAGGGACACCCAAACUCACUCUUCCUCUCACGUUUCUUGACUUGUUAUGUCUGCACAUGUUCCCAGUUCACCGCCUCAUCUUCUAUCAACACCCCAUCUCAAGAACCCACUUCCUCGAUACCCUAAUUCCCACCAUGAAAAACUCGUUAUCCCUUACCCUUCAUCACUACCCUCCCCUCGCCGGAAGACUGAUCGCUUCACCCGACAAUUCAAGCCUGCCGGAGAUCCGAUACGAGGAAGGCGACACCGUCCCGUUAGUCUUUGCGGAGGCCAAUUCAGGCGAGUGUAAUUUCGAUGAUCUCACGUCGGGCCAUCCAAGAAGUUGUACUGAAUUCCAUCCUCUUGUUCCGAACUUACCGCCGGCGUCGCGUGCGCCGGACGGCUAUGUCACAGUCCCCGUCCUUGCGUUACAAGUGACGUUAUUUUCCGACGUCGGGAUUUGCAUCGGAAUAACUAACCACCACGCAGUUGGUGACGCUAGUAGCAUCUUUGGGUUCAUGAAAGCUUGGGCUUUCGUUUCUAGUCACGGAGACAAAUCGGAAACCACAUCUCCUGUUUCUUUACCCGCUGAAAUCCAACCAUUUUACGACAGAAAAAUGAUCAGAGAUGAGAAAGGACUGGAACAAAUUUUCUGGGACAACGUUAAACACAUCAAGGUUGAAGAUAGACACGUUCAUCGCCUUCCACAAAUCACCGACAGGAUCCGCGCCACAUUUACACUGACACAAAACGACAUCCAAAGGCUCAAGAAUCGCAUCCUCGCGGGGCGGCCGGAACUGGCUCAUAUCUCAUCAUUUACAGCCACUUGUUCAUACAUAUGGACUUGCUGGGUAAAAUCUCGAUAUCAAGACGCAGAUUCAGAUAACAACAUCGACGACGAUGAAGACGAGGAGGUGUUCAAUUGCGCGGCUGAUUGCCGGUCACGUUUGGACCCACCGGUGCCCGGAAACUACUUUGGCAAUUGCCUGGUGGCCUGUUUCGGAUACGCAAAGACUAAGCAACUGAGAGGGGAGGAGGGGCUGUUGGAUGCUGCUGAGGGGAUCGGAGAAGGUAUUCGCCGGCGAUUGUACGAUAAGGAGCGUGGAGUGUUGGGAGGAGCUGAAGAUUGGUUUAAAGUGCUGUCUAAACUGAAGAUUGAUCGAGUAUUGACUGUGAUUGGGUCGCCCAGAUUCGAUUAUUAUGAACUAGAUUUUGGAUGGGGAAAUCCAAAAAAGUUUCAAAUGCCUUCCACUGAUUUGUCUCGUGGCAUAUCACUCAGUAAAGCCAAGGACCAUGAAGGGGGUGGCCUGGAGAUUGGUUUGUCACUUCUCGGCACACAAUUCGACAAUUUUACCGGAAUUUUCACCCAGGAUUUGAAGGCCCUUCAUAGCUUUUAGGGGUGUUUGAUUUACGAAAUGUGAAUUAUCUUACAUAUUUGGUUGGGUUGGAUAAAGGAAAUAU